GCGGCUCCUCCGGAAAAAGCCAUUUAAGCGCUCACAUGGUCUCCUUCCCCUCAAUGACUUCAAAAGUAGAAACAUGGCGGCGUGGAAGUGAAAGACUGGCUCGGGCGAGGUACUGCAAAUGAAACAGCAAAAAAAAAGUUUGUUCGCCUGGAAAGACGAAUUUUCGUAAGUAACACUGGAAUGAAUGUCACCUUUCUGCACCGUGUGGACGCGGAAAAGUGUGGCUAUAAAACAAGGUUUUUGCUCGCCUGAUCAGCGCAAAACCACAACCUCGCUGAAAACCAGCAGGAUAAAGACGACUGAAAUGAACCGGGAAAUCUUAUGCAAUGGACAUUCUACACUUCACAGUUUUUUGAGCCACCAGCCCUCAAAGGCACCACAUCAUGAGGAGAUCUCUGUCCAGGUCAUCCAAGAUGGGAAAUCCUCAAGGAUAUUUUGCACACAGACCGAGACUCAGAAGAAUUUCAAAAGACCCAGUACUGUAAAUGGAGAGAUCAUUUUCCCCACAAUGGCUGUGAAUGAAGACCUCCAAACUUUAACACACAAAGCAGAGGAAAAGAGCAGACCGCUGCAGCGUAUGCAGGCCCAUUUUCUUUCACCAGCUGAAGUCACUCCAGAAAUCAAAAACACUCACCCAGCCUGUUCGAGGAAGGCAGGCUGCCGUAAAAUCAAAGUGAGGAAGUCUUCACGGAAAGUUGCAGAGAGCAAGAAUUUCAAUAAUCGAAAGGUCACUGAUUACUAUCCCAUACGGAGAAGCUCACGGAAAAGCAAAACUGAAUUAAAGUGUGAACAGAAGAAACAUCUAGAUGAGCUGAUCACAAAAGGGAUAGAGAAUGGAAUGAUGGUGAAGUACAUAGAAGGAAAGGGAAGAGGAGUUUUCGCCACCCAAAGCUUCCAGAAAGGGCAGUAUGUAGUGGAGUAUCACGGCGACCUGUUGCUGAAAACCGAUGCCAAAAAACGGGAGGCUGUAUACGCACAAGACGCUGCUACAGGCUGCUACAUGUAUUACUUCCAGUAUCUCAGCAAAACAUACUGUGUGGAUGCCACAAAGGAAACCGACCGUUUGGGAAGACUCAUCAAUCACAGUAAGAAUGGCAACUGUCAGACCAAACUCCAUGACAUCAAUGGAAUACCUCACCUGAUCCUUGUGGCCUCUCGAGAUAUAGAGGAGGGAGAGGAGCUGCUGUACGACUACGGAGACCGAAGUAAAGCCUCUAUAGCCGCUCACCCUUGGCUCAAACACUGAUGGAUUCUGAAAAGGGAACAGCUCGUUUCUUAAAUACAGUUUUUAACUUUUUUUUUUUUUUUUUUUUUUUUUUGCCUUAGCAAACUGAGAAUGUUUGGGGGGUAGUACUUGUUUGGGUGUGUUAAUCAGUGACUUAAACACAGUUAGGUUACGGUACAUAUUCCACAUUUCCUACAUGACGAUACUUUUAAAAAUAUUUAUCCUGGAAAUUACGACAUGCUAGUUUUUGUUUUUUUUUUGUAUAUUUUAUAUACUUGUAGGGCAGUGCUUCCAAAGCAUGCAGUUAUAGUCAAACUUUCUGCAUUUUUAUAAGGAGUUUUCUUAAGCCAAUGUAUAGUAGUUAGUGGCUUAGCAAUAACUAUUUAUGAUGUGCAAACAAUUCUGUGGAACGCAAGUGAUGCUUAGAGCUAUGUUUUAAAAGCUGGAAGGUUCCCCCUCCCCUCCUUCGACUUUAAUUUGGAGUCUUACAGUUUUACAAUGUUGCGUGUGAUGUAAUGGAUUUUGAAAAAAAUAUCUGAACUGCUUUUUAAGUGUUCAGUAUGAAAUGACCCAAGUGUGAGUAUUGUCUAUGCUGGGAUGGAUGUGUUUAAUAAAAUGAUUUUAUGCAA